AUGGAACGACCCCAGUUCGAAUCCCCGCUGGUAUGCGAAAAACUCUCCUUCCUCGACCUCUGUGAUCCUGCUGUCUCCCACGCGUGGGGCUCUCAGGAAGAAGGAUCCGGCAGCCCCCCUUCAUGCCCGACCCCUGACUCGCAAACAAGGGGCUUCUGGGAAGCGGGCGGGCCUUGGAGGCGGCGCUGCGCCCGGACGGGGCGGGGAAAUCCUGCCUUCUUCCCGCCGGCAGCCAGGAAGACGAGGGCCGAGAGGGCGCUGCUUCACAUGGCCGGCGAGGACAGCGGGGGCCCGGCGCGGCUGGAACUGGGUGCCUGGCCCGAGGCGCCCCCGGAGCGGCUGCAUUUGCUGCCCUGCGCGGUGCGGCACGACGGCGGCGCGGCCGUCCAGCGUUACUUCGCCGCGGCCAUCCGACGCCCGCAGGGACCGGGGGCGCCAGGCGGGGAUGCAGAAUCCGCAGUGUCUUUCCGCGGCCGGAGUUUAAAGGGGAAGCAAGUCGAUCUCCCGGAGGGCCACGUGGGGCUGGUGCUAGAGGAGGAGGCUGUGCCCUUGUCAUCACUGGAGGAGCGGAAAGUGCGCGUAAGGUCUACCUUUGAGUCGCUGACUGUGUGGAAUGUGGAGCAGGCGCCCAACGACAACGACGAGGUCAUCAUGGCCCUCAGCUGGCCAAAGAUUGCCAAGGGGAUCCACGCCCCUGUCGCUGAGGGGUGAGGUGUGGUGCAGCGGGUCCUGGAGUCGAUGCCCGAAAAUACGAUGCAUUCUGGCUUGAAAUAGGAGUUUUCUGGAGACACAGGAGCAGAACUGUCUCUUCACCUCCCUUUGCAGAGACUGGAUGUUAAGCCACGUUUGGGGCCCCAGUGGUCUAGAUUAAACCCACAAGUGCAGAUUUGCCCUGCUCUUUCUAAAGCAGGGUUUUAGCACAGUUUAUACCAUAGCAGUGUGGAUUUGUAUAGGACCUGGCUACUUCAGGGUUUUAACACACACACACACCCUUUCCCCCCCUUUUAAGCAAAAUUAUAGCUUGUUGUAGAGACCUUGAGGCCAUUCACACAAUUAAAAACUGUGUUCGACCUGGGUUUGGAAGUUGUGUACACUCCCAGUUCUGGGUUGUGUGGAAGCAAGGUGGGAGGGAAAGCUAUCCAGGAUUCCCUCCUACCUUGCUUCCCCACAAUCUCAUCUAACCAGGUUUCCCGCCUACCUUGCUUCCUCACAAUCGAAAACUAGGAGCGCACACAGCUCCCAAACCCAGGUCGAACACAGUUUCUGAUUGUGUGAAUGAAUUCCUCGAUGUGGAGCAUCUGCUUCAAAGUUUUGCACCAUGGGUUAGGAUGCCAGCUCCUACCAGCUAAUACAACCGCGUUGAACUAUAGAACUAGUUCAAAGCUGUUUCCGUCUGCUACCCAGAGGAAGGCCCUCUGCUCCGCAGGUCUGUACCAAACACAGUUUUUCCUGGGAGUAUGCACUGAAAGAACCUAGAGCAUAGGACAGAUGUUUAUGUGGACCAUGAACCCAAAGCAAGCAGUGGUUAAGUGUGUUUUACACUGGGAUCAAACAGCCUCUACGUUUGUUCCCUCUUGCCAUCCCGGGCCAAAACCCAAAUAAAAGGUUACCCAAUAAAAACGAAGUAUACACAGUUUAAAAA